AUGGGAAAGAGUAAGAAGAAAAAUGACCAAGAACUCAAAGUUGUAUCAGUACAAUUCAAAGUCUCGAUGCACUGUAAUGCAUGCGAAAGAACCGUCGUCAAAACCCUCCGCAAACUCAAAGGGGUGGAGAAAUUUACGACAGAAAUGAAGAAACACAAAGUUGUGGUGACUGGGAAAAUCGACCCACAAAAGGUGUUGAAGAAACUGAGGAAAAAGACGGGCAAGAAAGUGGAGAUUGUGGUUGACAAGGAAGAAAAACCAAAAGAUGCGUCCGGUGAGGGAAAUCUGACAAAACCAAAUGUUUAUCCGCCAUUUUUUGAUUGCUGUAAAGAGAGUGAAAUUCUUUUCAUGUUCAGUGAUGAGAACCCAAAUGCUUGUUGCAUAAUGUAGUAGGGACGAGGGAGUAACAAAGUUUGUGUUUAAACAGAUGCUGAUUGCGUCCGCCUUUCACGUAAAUGGUUACGGGUUUCAC